CUGAGAAUGUGGGAGAGGCAGACACCGGAGACCUGCGCUCUCGCAAGGCACGGAACGCGUCCGUUCGCGUUAUUUUGCGAGCGAUUUCUGAAUGUAAUCUUCGAUCAAAAGACGGCGCGCGUUUAAUUGAGGAGCUUUUCGAGGAUGCGGACAGAAUAAAAGAAAAGUUGAAAUGGCAGAACCUCGAUUCAAUAAUCCAUACUUCUGGCCUCCUCCACCGUCCAUUCCUGGUCAGUUGGACAACCUUGUGCUGAUCAACAAGAUCAAGGAGCAGCUCAUGGCGGAGAAAAUCAGACCUCCACACCUGCAGCCCACUUCAGUCCCUUCCCAGCAGCCCUUACUGGUUCCAUCAGCGGGCACAGAUGGCGGGCAGCACAAUAUAGCAACACCCAAACUACAGCAGAUGCCAGGGCUUCAUGCUCAUGGGACAUCCCAGCCCGACAUCGCCCUGCAUGCACGGCCCGCUUCCAGCAGUGUCACAGGUCGUAUUCUGGGUGACGUCAACCUGAAUCUAGACGACAAGACUGCCAUUAAAGCAAGAGGUUUGUGGGAAGACUGGCAUUUGCGGCAAAUCAUAGACCAGCCAUCAAGAGCGAAUCAUCUAUCAGGCCUGUCGCUAGCGUCUUCUCGAAAUGCCAAUCACAACACAUCGGAGAGUGUGACGCCGAGCACCCCGACCUCUCCGACAAUCGGCGGUCAGUCCCGUCAGGGCAUUCCCACUGCAAACCUCCUCUCAGGACUGACUGGAGGCCCGGGGAUGGAGGCUCUGAAAAACAGUGGAGCGCUGAUGGGGCCUCCGAUGAAGAGCAUAGGACGAGGACGCAAAAAGAUCAAGGCUGAAAACACAUCUGGGCCGCUAUUAGUAGUUCCUUAUCCAAUACUGGCCUCUGGAGCUGAACAGUCAGCUGUUAGCAUCACUGCUAAAGAGGGCAAAACCUACAGAUGUAAAGUGUGUCCGCUGACGUUCUUCUCCAAGUCAGACAUGCAGAUACACUCCAAGUCCCACACAGAAGCAAAGCCACACAAGUGCCCUCACUGCACCAAGACCUUCGCCAACGCCUCGUACCUGGCGCAACACCUGCGCAUCCACCUGGGCGUCAAGCCGUAUCACUGCUCCUACUGCGAGAAAUCCUUUCGCCAGCUCUCACACCUACAGCAGCACACCAGGAUCCACACAGGUGAUCGGCCGUAUAAAUGUCUCCAACCAGGCUGUGAAAAGGCUUUCACACAGCUUUCCAAUCUGCAAUCUCAUCAGAGAUCACAUAAUAAAGACAAGCCUUAUAAAUGCUCCAACUGUUACCGUGCAUAUUCCGACUCUGCAUCUCUACAAAUCCACCUGUCAGCUCACGCCAUCAAAAACGCCAAGGCUUAUUGUUGCAGCAUGUGUGGACGAGCCUACACCUCAGAGACUUACCUAAUGAAACACAUGUCUAAGCAUACAGUGGUGGAGCAUCUGGUCAGUCAACAGUCACCACCGAGAGCUGAAUCUCCCAGCGUUCCAGUCCGCAUUUCCCUCAUCUGAGAGCUUAUUCUUCCCCCAUUCCUGUAUAAGCAAGCAAAAAUCACCUGUUCGGUGGUUUGGCUUUAUUUUUAGUGUGUUUGUUAGUUUGUUUUACUUUUUGAGAACAUUCCAAAAGGUAUUAGACUGUGUGUGGAUAGAGGCUCAAACACAGCAGUGAUUUAGUGUUUCUAUCACCCACUUUCGUCUUUUCCAGCUCAACGUUGGGUUGAGAGGGAAAAAUCGGGAAAUCCAAAGAUGGUUUCACAGCACUUUCAGGCCACACAGUUUUGGCUUUAAACGUUUCCGGUCUGUUAUGACAAUAAAAGGCAUUGCUCUUGGCAGCUAAACGUUCGGGACUGUAGGUAUUAUGCAUUAUGAAAUCAGAAAGACAUACGUUGUAUGUUUUAAGCUUGGACCAAGUCCAGUACCUCCUCUCAUAUUUUUCUAUGCUGUCUUGGGGGAGAAUAAAAUCCCCUUCUUCUGGGCAACUCAAAGUUGGUUUAGAGAGUGUUUUGAUAAUGUCAAUCAUAAAAUGUUUUCAUUCACAUUAAUACGUUUCCUAACUUACAGGGAAAUUGUACUGAAAUAGCUUUAGCGUUAAAGUGAACUUUUCAAGAGGACUGUUAUAGAUCUGAAUUGAUGGACAAAUCAGCACAUUUAGAUGUUUUGCGAGAUUAAUCUAUUAGAGAUCAUACUAGGGCUGCACGAUUCUGCCUAAAAUGAGAGUCAUUUGGCUUAAAAUCAAGAUCACGAUUGUCUCACGAUUCUGUAGAUGUAAAAUAAAGGUUAAUAUGAGUAAGCUAAUAUUAUUGUUAUUUCUCAAACAUAUGGUAAAAUAUCAAUAAUAAUAUUAGGCCCAUGUGUGGGUCUACUGCUCAAUUUUGUAUAGACUUUGAAUAGUGGACUUGACUAGACUUUAAUUAUGUCCUGGUCAGUAAUGCUCAGUCAAGUGAUGACAUCAGAAUACAAUUAUUCAUAACUCUAAAGUUGAAUUGACAACUUUAGUCAUUGACAUUAUCAGACCUUUUUUUUCACUGUUAAAAUGAGACAUUUGUCAUUGUCAGAUUCCCUUUUGCAUUAUAUUCAACAUUAUAUAAGCUAGAGUAGGUAUACUGACACUGUUAAACAUUUAUUUUCAUGCACAACACUCUGUGUUCCUUAUGAAAGAAAAAACAUAUCUAAUUAUUGUCGUAAUCAUAACUCUAAAAUGUGAUAUGAUUACUUAAAUGAUGUGCAUGCUUUUGGUUUUACUUUCACUGCCGAGUGCACUCAUGUCAUGGCUGCCGUCACUUUAAGGGAAAAAAAACAUGCAAAUCAUACUUCCCUCACGACUCCCAAAUGAUUGCUCUGGGGUGUGUUUCCGAAAACCAUCGUUAGUCAACUAAAGUCGCAGUUCCGUUGUUAAAAACAUAGUUCGUUGAUUUGGUGUUUUUUCAAAUUCAUCGUUCCAACAAACAUUCGCAAACUGCAUCGCAAACUUGUACGCUUGCAACUACUCCUUUAGAGCUGUAGUUAGAAGCAUAGUUCCUGAUUGUGUUCUAUUCCCUGUUAUCCCCCGUGCCCUAUUCAUUUAGAACAUUCUAACAUUUAAACUUGGAAUGAUUUUAAAAAAACAUUAAAGUCAUCUCUCUUUGGUGUAAUUUGCUUUCAAAGUAUUUAUACAGUUUAGUUUUAGCGAUCUUCAUAUUGACAAUUGCAUUCCCUUAAUAGUGCACUUUGAAAACAUUGAUGUCAUUUUGAACACAGCUGUGACUCAUGACGAAAACUACAGGUGACCUAUUAUUUAAAAGCGUCAUUUAUGGUACGUCUACAAAGCUUGUGAAAACAAAUAUAUAUUUAGAUUAUAUGUUAAUGGUUUCAAUUAUAGUAGGUUAUAUUUAAUGUAAUGGUUAGAACAUUUCUGCGGUGGUUUGAAUGUCAAAUUGUAAAAGUAGACUUUUCAACAAAAAUAAGCAAUAUCUUACUUAAUAAUAAUAAUUAUUAUUAUUAAGUAAGAUUUUUUUUUACAUUUCUUAAUAAAUAGCCUGCUGUAAAUUACAACAAUUAACCAUUUUUGUUGCUUAUUAGUGAUUUUAUAUGCAAUAUUCUCAGUAAUAUUUGUAAAGGAAGCAUAUAUAUUUGAAGUCAGAAUUAUAGCCCCCUGAAUUAUUAGCCCCCCGUUUAUUUUUUUCCCCAAUUUUUGUUUAAUGGAGAUAAGAUUUUCUCAACACAUUUCUAAUCAUAAUAGUUUUAAUAACUCAUCUCUAAUAACUGAUUUAUUUUAUCUUUGCCAUGAUGACAGUAAAUAAUAUUUGACUAGAUAUUUUUCAAGACACUUCUACACAGCUUAAAGUGACAUUUAAAGGCGUAACUAGGUUAAUUAGGUUAACUAGGCAGAUUAGGGUAAUUAGGCAAGUUAUUGUAUAACGAUGGACUAUCGAAAAAAAAAUAUGGCUUAAAGGGGGGCUAAUAAUUUUGACCUUAAAAUAGUUUUUGAAAUAUUUAAACCUGCUUUUAUUCUAGCAGAAAUAAAACAAGCAAGACUUUCUUCAGAAGAAAAAAUAUUAUCAGACAUACUGUUAAAAUUUCCUUGCUCUGUUAAGCAUCAUUUAGGAAAUAUUAAAAAGAGAACAGAAAAUUCAAAGGGGAGCGAAUAGUUCUGACUUCAACUGUAUGUAAAACAAAGUAAAGACUUGUGCGACUGCCUCUAUUCUUCUCCCAAACUUAAAAAUAUAAUUAGCUGAAUCAUAGAGAUGCUGGAUUAAGAUCCUGUGGGUGGUCGAGUCGAGAUCGUGAUCUUUUUUCGAUUAAUCGUGCAGCCCUAGAUCAUACAGAUCAGAUUUUUCUGGUCUAGUGCCAAAAGUGAAAUAUGAAAAAGGCAAAAGAUUAAGGUUUCUAAAUAGAAACACUUGGUUUAUAAUAUACACUUUAUACAAAAAGUGUAAAUGUGCAAUGACUCAAACACCUUGUGUUAUGUUACAGAUGUCAGCACGCGUUUGACUUAAAAUGAUCAAGAAAUGUUCCGUUUUAUAUUGCAUUAAGAUUUUGUUUUUGUUUUCUGAAGCACAGAUGUGUUAUUUCCAUGCUGCCCAUUAGUACUUAAAUUAAAGAGUACAUACAUUAUUGUAGUAUUUGAUGUGCUAAAAUAUUUUAUUCAUCCAAUAUGAAAUAUUUAUUUGACAAAAUUAAUAUCAGGCAGUUUUUAUUACUGCAUUAUAGUAAUUCAAUCAUUGUUUCAGGAGUUUUGGGAAAAUGUUUGAAAUUAUCUUCAUUUUUUUUUUUUUUUAAAUAUUGUUUGGAUAAAAUAUGAUUUCGGACACUUUCUUCUGAAAAUUCAGCCUUCAAAAAUGUGCACAAAAUUUGGUGAAACAAAAAGGAAAGAAGCAGCUGGAUAACAAUGUGGAGUUGCCCAUGAGAUUUGUGUAGCUGUAUUGAUGUCUAGAAUACCUCCUUGGCUUAUUAUACAUGUUUAUACUUAUUAUCAUGUUUAAAUAUUAACGACUAACAUGUUAAUUUUACACAUUUUAAGCCUUAACCAUUUUAUCACUAGUUGUUUACCAUCACAUUUAUAUAUUUUAUACCAUAUUGGUGUUUACUUGUGUACUCAGUACUUUUAUGUAAUUUUAUUUCCUAGCAUGGACAUGCUGUAAAUAAACUAUACAGUACUUAAGUGUUAACCAGUUUAUAUGAAAUGACUACAUGUCUAGUUAUUAUAAAAUAUACCUUUUUAAUUGUCUUGAAUUGUGGUACUCUAUAAGAUUUGCCUUUGCUGCUACAUGCAAAGUCAAGACAUGGAGAGGGAAAAGACUUUGUAAAAGUGAGCAAAUAAAUAAAUGAGAAACUUCUGUAUU